AUAAUCAUUAUCAACUUUGAUAAUUCUUCCAUGAAAUUUCUUUGAGGCUUUAAAGAAUUUCGCUGACCUUUUCGCUUGACCUACUUCCACCCCAUUCUUUUCCACUUGAGCGGAAAACCGGUUUCACCACACCUUGUAAUUUGCGAAGUUGAAGCACGACAACCUUAGCAGUAUCAGGGUGUGUCGCUAUUGAAUCCUUGGAUAAGCCACAUCUUCGUCCAAGUCGCAUUUACCGGUUCAGCUUCCAUUCAUUAUGGGCGUUGUGGAAGCCGUAUUCAUACCAUGCUUGGCCGUCGUCGUCGUCUCCUUCGUUCACCUUUCAUCUGCAGCCAGUCUUAAGAAUUUAGAUCAAAGCGAUGCAACAACGAUUAUUGAAAAAUUCAAGCGACAAAUCAAACCAGAUGUCAUUUCGAAACUCCCUUUCUGCCAGCGAUAUGACGGGUCUCGGGGGUUCCGUUGCAGUGACGGUGGUUGUGUACGACUGAGAGAAGUCUGUGAUGGUGAACCUGACUGUACAGAUGAUGCCCAAACAGCAGAUGACGAGGAUGCCAUGUAUUGCUCUGCAAACAACCUUGAAGAGCCAUGUAGCACCUAUCAAUGUUCAGGAGGGCAGUGUAUCCCCUGGGAUUCAACGUGUGAUGGUGAUCCAGUAGACUGUGAAUAUACUGGAGAGGAUGAGACUGAGGCACUUUGUGGAGUUACAUGUCCUGGUGACUUCCGAAGGUUCCACUGUAAUAAUUCGGUUUGCAUCACACGAUCCCUGAUCUGCGACCUCCGUUGUGAUUGUUACGAAUGCGAUGACGAAGUCGGUUGUGCAGAGCAUACUUAUCCAUGUGAUGACAAUAAGCAGUUCAGAUGUGAUGAUGGUACUUGUAUUCUUGAUGAUCAAUUGUGUGAUGGAAAGAAGAAUUGCCCUUCGGGUGAAGAUGAAGAAGGUUGUACAGAUGAUCAUGGAUGCCACAUUCGACAAGAAUUUUACUGCGAGGCAAACUAUCGUUGCCUUCAUCGCGACAGGCGGUGCGAUGGUGCGCUAGACUGCCCCAAUGGGAAUGACGAGAAAGCAUGCGGUUUCACCACUUGUUUCAGUGAAGAGUUCAGAUGCGCUAGCGGAAAGUGUAUCGGAAGAGAAAAACGGUGUGACAGGGUGGUUGAUUGUCCAUUGCCCGGAGACGAUGAAAUCGGCUGUAAUCGAGAAUGCAAUGAGGAGGAGUUUGAAUGCCUUGAUGGUGAGUGCAUCCCUCUCUACCGGGCCUGCGAUGGAUUUGCAUUCGACUGCAAAUCCUACUACGGAGAGGAUGAAGACGGGUGUGGUCAGAGAAGAUGUCCGCAGCACUGGUAUUCUUGCUUCAAUGGUCGGUGCCUACCUGAAAACUGGAGGUGCGAUCGAGAACCAGAUUGCAGCUUUGGUGAGGACGAGACCAACUGCGGACAAACGAUCGUUUCGGCUUGUGUUCAGGGAGAGUUUAGCUGUGGUGACGGUCACUGCAUCUCUGAAAGACAUAAAUGCAAUGGCUACAAUGACUGCAACAAUGGACUGGAUGAAGAAAGUUGUAACCUAGUUACAUGUCCUGUAGGACAAGUCGACUGUGGUAACAACUAUUGUGUUGUUGGUGGAAGAUGUGAUGGCACGUUUGACUGCAGCAACAGACAAGAUGAAAGUGGUUGUCCAUCUACAACAACUACAUGUCCAGCUGGGCAGGUUGACUGUGGUAACAACUAUUGUGUUGUUGGUGGAAGAUGUGAUGGCACGUUUGACUGCAGCAACAGACAAGAUGAAAGUGGUUGUCCAUCUACAACAACUACAUGUCCAGCUGGGCAGGUUGACUGUGGUAACAACUAUUGUGUUGUUGGUGGAAGAUGUGAUGGCACGUUUGACUGCAGCAACAGACAAGAUGAAAGUGGUUGUCCAUCUACAACAACUACAUGUCCAGCUGGGCAGGUUGACUGUGGUAACAACUAUUGUGUUGUUGGUGGAAGAUGUGAUGGCACGUUUGACUGCAGCAACAGACAAGAUGAAAGUGGUUGUCCAUCUACAACAACUACAUGUCCAGCUGGGCAGGUUGACUGUGGCAACAACUAUUGUGUUGUUGGUGGAAGAUGCGAUGGUACGUUUGACUGCAGCAACAGACAAGAUGAAAGUGGUUGUCCAUCUACAACAACUACAUGUCCAGCCGGACAGGUUGACUGUGGCAACAACUAUUGCGUCUAUGGCACAAGAUGCGAUGGCAAGACCGACUGCAGCAAUGGGAGUGAUGAAGAUGGCUGUAUUCUUCCAUUUAUAGAUCUUGAAGGGACUGUGAGAUCUUUGGUUGAGGCUGUGGAAUCUCUUGAGCAACGAGUGACAAAUUUGGAGCAAUUAGACUUACAGAAUACUUUGCUUUACCUUCAAGACCAGAUCGAUUAUAUCUUUGCUUCGCAGCAGUAUUAUGCACAUUCAGAUGAAGAAGAGGAGGAUCUAAUGACUACUCAACCUGCCACAGUGGGCACAGUGGAAGGAGGUAUUCCUGAUACGUCGAAGACGAAUUUAGCAUCAACAAAAACUUCAACUACAUCAUCGGCAGCCGAUAAUGUUGCGUCGACACCGAUUUCAUCAACUGCAUUAUCGGCAGCCGAUAAUGAUGUUGCAUCGACACCAACUUCAUCAUCUGCAUCAUCAUCAGCCAAUGCUGAUGUUGCGUCGACACCUACUUCGUCAACUGCAUCAUCGGCAGCCAAAAAUAAUGUUGCGUCGACACCCACUUCGUCAACUGCAUCAUCGGCGACCAAUAAUGAUGUUGCGUCGACACCCACUUCGUUAACUGCAUCAUCGGUGGCCAAUAAUUAUGUUGCGUCAAAACCAACUUCAAAUUCUUUACACUAUGCACAUUCGGAUGAAGAAGAGGAGGAUCUCGUGGCUACUCAACAUGUGGGCGUAGUGGAAGGAGGUAUUUACGAUGCGUCGACAUCCACUUCGUCAACUGCAUCAUCGACAGCCAAUACUGAUGUUGCGUCAAUGUCCACUUCGUCAACUGCAUCAUCGACAGUCAAUACUGAUUUUGCGUCGACAUCCACUUCGUCAACUGCAUCAUCGGCAGUCAAUACUGAUGGUGCGUCAACAUCCACUUCGUCAACUGCAUCAUCGACAGUCAAUACUGAUGUUGCGUCGACAACCCCUUCACCCUCUGCAUCAUCAUCUGUUACUGCCUCUACGCCAUCGACGGUCAAUGAAUCUACAUAGAUUAAAACGACAAAGUAGGUUUCCCAUAAAACAGCACAA